AUGGCUCCAUCGCUGAAUACCCAUUCGUCCUUUACCCGUCCUCGGACUGGUGACCGUGAUGGCCGGCCCAGCACGCGCGACCAGGCCGGUGCCGAUAUGCUUAUUCCCAGCCGUACUUCCUCGCUGCACUCUCGCAUCACGCAGCCGAUUCCUUCGACUCUGAAUGUAAAGCCGCAGCAGCGAACUCCCAAGACGCUUACACAUGCCUACAUGGUCUGCGGCGUUGGUCGCGAGCCUUCGCAAUGGGUCAAGGCUCCUGCUCCAACUCAGGGCAAGAUUGGCCACAUGAAGGGUGCCGUUGGGCAGUUCUGGCUUCCCGAGAUUUUGGGCAGCAGCCCUCGACUUGAACAGGACAAUGAAAUUGCCCGAGCACUUCAUGCGGCUAUGAGGGCUUGCUUUCCCCAUGAUGUUGAGAUUUGCACUGGCAGAAGCCAACCACAUUGCGUCCACCAUGCUUUUGUGCUUCAACAAGACUCUUCUCACACCUUGUACGGCAUCUGUCUUCGCGUCUGGUCUCGAGCCGACGAGAAGAGGGCCGAAACCAUUCGCGAUCUGCGCAAGAGAACCGAGUCCGACUUUUAUGACAACCCGGAUGAGACCUACUGGAUCCCUUAUUGCCUGUCUUUUCUCUCUCGAUAUCCCCUGUACAACCUUCUUGGUGACUAUCUACGUGGCAUGUGGAUUCACUGGAACAAGGCUACCAACCUGUUCCAUGCUGAGGAGGUCUCGCGAAUUCUGAGCUUCCCUGCUCCCAGAUUGAACGACUUGGUUCGCAUUGAUAUGAAGGAUUAUGCUCUCUGCUACCAGUUUCCGUCUUCUCCAACGGGAUUCCAGAACUUUUCCAUGUGGCCGCUUUUCAACUGCUUGUCCAUCCCCAACAUUGUUGGCGUCAUUGAGGCAGCUAUUUCUCCUACACGACGAAUCAUCUUUGUGAGCCACUAUGCCGCUAUGCUCACCAUUGCUGCCGAAACCGUUCGAUACUGUGUUCGAGUUUAUGAGUGGAGCGGUCUUUACGUACCCGUUGUGCACGCCCGCCACGCGCAGGAACUUGUCCAGGAACCCGGUCCCUACAUCCUCGGUGUCACUGCUGAAUGCCGAUCUCUCUUCACAGCGCCUACCGAUGCCCUGGUUGUUGACCUUGACCGAAACUUUGUUCUCACUUCGAGCCCGCCAACUGCUCUUACGCCUGGCCAGCGCAACAAAUUUGUCACUCGCCUCACACAAGCUCUCAAUGGCGAUGUUACUCCUGCUGGCGUUCCUCACCAUCUGCGAUCUGCCUAUGGUGGUGGUAAACUGGUCCCCGCCGGCCAGAUUAUUGUCAUGCGUGGCGAGGUCGAGUCUAUCCAGGACCCCGAGUGGUGGAAUCAAGACCCGGUUAUGGCGGUCAUGGACCACGUUUGUGAGAAGAUGGGUCGCAAUACCGGUAUUAAGGCCGUGUUUGGCGGCUCCGUCAAGAAGCCUCUUAUGACCAAGGUCUCGAUGAGACACCUGAAUGAGAUUGUUCGUGAGCGGAACCAGUACUCCCGUGACGCUCUUGAGGCCUGGCAGGACUUCAUCAACCUCAAGGGCCGCAUGGACACGGAACUCAGCAAGGUCAACAAGAGAAAUAACUACCUUGUCGAGGAACUCGAAAGCUGGAAGCAGCAAUUCCUCAAAUUCCAAGCCUUUGCUGAGCAGCUCACCAAAGAGACCCAGGAUCUCAAAGUCAAGAUCGAGACUCAUAAGAGAGAGAAUCGUCGUCUUACUGGUCUCAUUGACCAACAAAAGGAUGACAACGCUCGUAUGUCGGUUCGCCUCACGGGCACCGAGAAGCAGCGUGACGAUGCUCUCGAGGCUCUGGUUCUUCAGCAGGAGAUUGCCGAAGAACUUGAGCGCGAGAGGAAGAGAAACAAGAAGGAGCUUGCUCAGCUCAGCCAUACCAACGUCACCCUCGUGCGACAGCGCGAUGAGGCUCGUCGUGUGGUGAUGCACCUGCAGAGCUUGAUUGGCGGGCAGAGCCAUCACAUGGAGCAUCUCAUUCACUCCCUCACCAAGCCUGAUGAGCUGGCUGCUGAGAUUGAAGCCGGCUUUGACAGCGAUGAGCAGGAAAGCUCUGACGCCGCCUCUGGUGAUGAUGUAGCCAGCCAACUCAAGUCCAAGCGCAGCAGCAAGCGAAUCUCGGCCGCCAGCUUUGCUGAUGUCGCUGACCGCCACCUCAAGGACAAGACGGACGCAAUUGCCCACAUCGUGCGCAAUAUUGCCGACCAAUGCCAGGCUGCCGUGGAGAGCUUGCAGCUGGCUCACGACGCUGAGUACCGAUCAAGUCGACGUCACAGUGGCCUCUCCAACGCCCAGAGUGAAGAUGGCAACGACGACCGCUCUGUGGCGACGUCAGACAAUGGCGAGGAGAGACGCCUUCAGCCUGGACGCACAUCCAGCAUUCCCCCUACCCCGGAUCUGAUCCCCAACCGCAGCAGUACUGCCAUGUCAUUUGCUUCGGCCACAACCACACCCGAGCGAUCUAGUCAGCAGUACAGUCUGAAGGAUGAGAUCCCCACCAAGAUCGUCGAGGAUGACGAAGAGGACUUUGAGGAGCACCGCAGCGAAGGCGGUGCGGCGUCCAACGAGAACGGCGUUGUAGCUAAGCACGCCGAGUCCCUCUUGCACCGACCAUCUGGUGCCAGAAUCAGCGCCCUCGGUGGCACUGGCACUCGAUAA